CAAAAACAAACUCUCCAGUCACGCAUUUUUUCACGCGUGUAAUACACCUCGAAAAGGAAAUAAAGGUAGGAGAAUUUUCUCCCCAGCCCUCCUCAGUUCACUUCCAGUGCUGACAAUGGAUUCACUGACAGCAAAUCUCAUGGUUUCCCCCCAAAUUAUCAAAACCUGUCUUCCCGAAUCAGCCGCGGCGUCUGCACUGAAAAUAACUUGUGGGUUGAGAAAGAUUGGACCUCGAAAACCCAUGUGGAGAUCCAGAGUGUUGUCUCCAGAAGCCAUUCGAGCAGUCCAAUCAUUGAAGUUGGCUAAUUCUCCGGAUAGGUUAGCCGAGGUUCUGAAUACUAAAUUCAGCAGGCUCUUGAAGGCUGAUUUGUUGGACACUAUAUCAGAGUUGCAGAGACAGAAUGAACUUCAAUUAGCGCUUCAGGUUUUUGAUUUCGCGAGGAAAGAAAAUUGGUAUGAGCCGAAUCUCUCCCUUUUCAGUGACAUGAUCAUGAUGUUGGGAAAGAACGGGAUGGUUGAAAUGGCUGAACAUCUUUUCUUUGGUCUUGAGAGAGAAGGCCUCAGACCUGACACGAGAACUUAUACAGAGAUGAUUGGUGCAUAUUUUCGGGUCAAUAUGGUGAAUAAGGCAAUGGAGAUUUAUGAUUCAAUGAAGGCUUCAGGAUGUACUCCCGAUAAGUUGACUUUCAUUAUUCUGCUCAGAAACCUUGAAAAGGCUGGAGAAAAAGAGCUUGUAGCGACAGUUAAGAAAGAUUGUGUUAGCUACAUCGAGUUCCCUGAGAGAUUUUUCCAUGAAAUUGAAAGGACUCAUGCUGGAUCUGAUAUGAUUGUGCCUACACGCAAUCAAAAGUCCUAA